CUGCUUUGCCAGAAACCAAAAAGCUAUAAGUAACGUUAGUGGGCGAUGUGACAUGUACGUCAACCAACCUGCGUGAGCUUUGAAAGUUGUUGGAGUGUGUUUCCACUGCCCGUCCAUGGUGUUGCUGUGAGCUGUGCUGCCGUGUCUGAAAAGGAGCACCAUGGCAAUGUGGAUCCAGGCCCAGCAGCUGCAGGGCGAGGCACUGCACCAGAUGCAGGCGCUGUACGGCCAGCACUUCCCCAUCGAGGUGCGACAUUACCUGGCCCAGUGGAUUGAAUGCCAGCUCUGGGAUUCGGUAGAGUUGGACAACCCAGCGGAGGAAGCCAAAGCCAAGCGUCUGCUGGAAAACCUGGUGGCAGAGCUUCAGAAGAAAGCCCAGCUCCAGGGAGGAGAGGACGGCUUUCUGCUCAAGAUCAAGCUGGGCCACUAUGCCAGCCAGCUCAAGAGCACUUAUGACCGCUGUCCUUUGGAGCUGGUGCGCUGCAUUAAACACAUCCUGCACUCGGAGCAACGGCUGGUUCAAGAAGCUACAAAUGCCAGCUGUGGGAGUGGGGUGCAGGCCAUGGACAGCCUGUCACAGCGCCACCAGCAGAUCAACCAGUCCUUUGAGGAGCUCCGCCUGGCCACACAGGAGACGGAGAACGAACUGAGAAAGCUGCAGCACAGCCAGGAGUACUUCAUUAUCCAGUACCAGGAGAACCUGCGCAUCCAGGCCCAGCUGAGCAGCCUGUCGUCACUGCCUCAAGCUGAGCGCACCCAGCGGGAGACAACCCUACAGAGCAAGAGGACCACUGUGGAGGCCUGGCUCACCAGAGAGGCCAGCACACUACAGAAAUACAGGCUUGACCUGUCAGAACAACACCAGAAGACCCUGGCCCUGCUGAGGAAGCAGCAGACUCUGAUCCUGGAUGAGGAACUCAUCCAGUGGAAGAGGAGGCAGCAGCUGGCUGGCAACGGGGGUCCUCAUGAGGGGGGACUGGAUGUCCUGCAGUCCUGGUGUGAGAAGCUGGCUGACCUGAUCUGGCAGAACCGGCAGCAGAUCCGACGCUGUGAACAUCUCACCCAGCAGCUCCCUCUGCCGGGCCCCAUGGAAGAACUGCUGAGCAAACUCAACGCCGACAUCACGGAUAUCGUCUCCGCCCUGGUUACUAGUACCUUUAUCAUUGAAAAGCAGCCGCCCCAGGUGUUGAAGACCCAGACCAAGUUUGCAGCCACAGUGCGCCUCCUGGUGGGCGGGAAGCUCAACGUCCACAUGAAUCCACCUCAGGUCAAGGCUGUCAUUGUAAGCGAGCAGCAGGCCAAAGCUCUGCUGAAGAAUGAGAGCACUCACAGUGAAAGCAGUGGAGAAAUCCUGAACAACAACUGUGUAAUGGAGUAUCAGCAGGCCACUGGCACCCUCAGUGCACACUUCAGAAACAUGUCACUAAAGCGGAUCAAGCGGUCGGACCGUCGGGGUGCAGAGUCGGUGACGGAGGAGAAGUUCACAGUUCUGUUUGAAUCACAGUUCAGCGUCGGAGGCAACGAGCUGGUCUUCCACGUCAAAACCUUAUCGCUGCCUGUGGUUGUGAUCGUCCACGGCAGUCAGGACAACAACGCCACGGCCACUGUCCUGUGGGACAACGCCUUUGCUGAGCCGGGCCGGGUGCCGUUCAUCGUGCCAGACAAGGUGCUGUGGCCCCAGCUGUGUGACACCCUCGAUAUGAAGUACAAGGCAGAGAUGCACAGCGGGCGUGGUCUGUCGGAGGACAACAUGGUCUUCCUGGCACAGAAAGCUUUCACCAGCAGCAGCAACAACUCCGAGGACUCCCGCAACAUGACCAUAUCCUGGGCCCAGUUCAACCGGGAGAGCUUACCGGGACGAAACUUCACCUUCUGGCAGUGGUUUGAUGGAGUUGUUGAGCUCAUGAAGAAACAUCUCAAGCCUCACUGGAAUGAUGGGGCCAUCCUGGGCUUCGUUAACAAGCAGCAGGCACAGGACAUGCUGCUGUCCAAACCCAACGGCACCUUCCUGCUGAGAUUCAGCGACUCUGAGAUCGGAGGCAUCACUAUCGCCUGGGUGGCUGAGAACCCCAACAAACCAGGUGAAAGGCUGGUCUGGAAUCUGUUGCCUUAUACAACCAAGGACUUCUCCAUUCGUUCCCUGGCUGACCGCAUCAGUGACCUGAACCACCUUCUGUUUCUCUACCCUGACCGGCCCAAAGACGAGGUCUUCGCCAAAUACUACACCCCUCCACUCUCAAAAGCAGUGGACGGAUAUGUAAAACCACAGAUCAAACAAGUUGUGCCAGAAUUCACCACCCCGAACCCUGAACCCAGUGGAGGAAAUCCUACGUUCAUGGACCAAACAGCUUCUCCCUCUGUGAGCCUCCCCAACAACUUUGGUGUCUACCCCUCUAUGAGUGACACCAUGUUGGACGCAGAUGGAGACUUCGACCUGGAGGACACGAUGGACGUGGCCCGCCAUGUGGAGGAGCUGCUCCGCAGGCCUAUGGCCAACCAGUGGAGCAGUCAGCAGUCCUGAAACCGCAACCGGAACCUGCCGAACACCUUCAGGUCUCCUCCAUCUUAUCUAACAGAAAGACCCACAAACUGCAACUUAAGUGCUGAAAAAAUGUAAUCUCUUCUCUAUUAAUGGGAAUCAUUUUCAACCAGAAAAUUCUUUAAGACUUCAAGUGAGACUAUGUAACUUUUGUUAGCCUCUGUGACCAUAAGUGGUAUUAACAGGAUAAAGGCAAGUUGAAUUUGCCUUCAUCUCCCAAGAUUCUCUUUGAGUCAGUCGCCUUAAAGACAUCCUUAUUAGGGGAGCUGACAUUGGAGCUGUUGCUCUGUCAUUAGCUUAAUUGUGGUUUAAACCUUAAGACAGGAUUAAACCUGUAUUGUUGUUGUGACUAAACCCAGCUGCUGUGUCCUAUGGAGGCCUAACUUUAACCUGCUGUACGAUCUGUAGCGUUUUUGACCACCAGUAGCACUCAUGUUUUAAUGAAUGGGUACCCAUCAAGGGAGACACAGUGCGCAAAUCUGUGAAUGUUGUCCCGCUUUUAGACAAAGCCAGGAAAGAGGAGGAAGACUGCUGGCAUGCCAGCAAGUAAACAUGGAUGUAAACAAUGCAGGUUUGCAAGAAAUCUGCAAAUGCUUUAUGAGGAAAUGCAUUCAACACAUUAGUUAGGUCUCAUGUACAGUACCAGUCAAAAGUGUGGACACACUUUCUCAUUCAACUACUUUGAAGAAUCUAAAAUAUAAAACAUAUUCUGGUUUGUUGAGCAUUUGUUUGUUUACCACAUAAUUCCGUAUGUGUUCCUUCAUAGUUUGGAUUUCUUCAAUAUUAAUCUACAAUGUAGAAAAAUAAAUAAAUAAAGAAAAACCAUUGAAUGAGAAGGUGUGUCCAAACUUUUGACUGGUACUGUACACACACUGUUUUGGUGAGUAACACUGAAUGUAGAGAAAGACUUUGUUUAAGUUUAUAUUAAAGAUACCCAAUAAUACAUAAUUUUGUGACAAUCCAAACUGCAACUAGCCUUAUGAAACACUGGAGGCUGUUUCAGUGGUACUAGAGAACUAAACUGAGCUGAUCUGUAAAAUCAUUCAUCUAAAACCAAUUUCUUCAAAUACUAUUUCCUGAGAAGAAUGAACGUCCAGCAGUGUUAUGCUGAGUUAAUCUCAAUCAUAGUCAUAUCGACACAGCAGUCAGGUACAGAUGAGCACACAGCUGUGUUUUAAACACCCAGCAAGUUUUGGUUUAGCUGAACGCGUUCUAAACUGCAGCUUAGCUAGUCAGAAGCUAGGUGACACAGCAUCAGCUUUGCGUAAAACCACCAGAAUGUUUCCUGUAACAUGCUAAGAUAUAGAGUAACGUGGAGAGUCGAGUGUCAGCCAACUCGGUAGUGUGAGGUACACGGCAAUAUUAGCCAACAUUAGCUAAAGGUCAUACUACACCAAGUAAGACUGUAGUAGCAAAACCAUUGUGUGUUGAACUGAACAAGGCUGAAAGAAUCACUUAUGAACUUAACUUCUCGUAAGAGAAUGAUUUGUUUUAUUCUUUCAAAGGUUACGUAGUCUGGUUUCAAGUACUGAAGAUGUCUGUCACAGCUUUUGUUUGGUUCUUUUUGUAUAUUUUAUAAUAUUUUAUACUGCAGCUAUUAUCUGAUGUUCUGGUACUACAGUGCCUUAAAGCAACAUGUUCAAAUGGUCAUAGACAUGGAUAUGGUUCUAGAUGCCACUUUUUUGGUAUCAUGAAGUCAAUAAGUGCUUAUUGAUUUAAACACUUUUCACAAGUCCGAUUUUGUUUUGUUAUUUUAUUCUUGUCAGAUUUGAAUACAAAUGUUGGUUAAGAUGAUCAUUUUAACUGAUAUUCUGCCAUUAUUUUUUGCCUCACAAAAUAUCCUCAUAUCCAUGAGAACACGAAAUGCAUCUUUGGGGUUUACCAGCCUAAUCAAAUUUGGCUUCAGUUUGGAAAGCAGUAGACAUCCCCAUACAUAGCAGUCACAUAAAAGCUGGGGGCUGCAACAAUGGAUAAACCAGCCAAAGUAUGCUAGAAAAAAAAAAAAAAAAAAAGAAGAGGAAUCCAACUGAAAAACCCAGCCCAGUAUUGCCAACUCUUUUCCAAUGAUAGCAGCUAGCAGCCCGGCUAUUGUUGGUACUCACAGCUAGUGAGCUAGCAGCUAGUAGAAGACUCAGGUGAAGAGCAAUCAGUGAACUGGCAGAGUGGGCACAGGGAGACAGACAGGGAGACAGACAGGAUUAUUAAUCAUGAUGUAACCGUAUUAGUUGAAGUGGCCGCUGUGUUGUUUCACUCCUCUAAUGCAAUGAAUUAGCUGCUUACACAUUUCUGUCCUAACCCAAGAGAGCUUGACAUUUAACCCUUAGUGAGCAUAAACGUAAACUUUGAAUCAUUUUCAACAACAGGCUGAUAGAAUAUUUGAAAACAGUCCUGAGGAGUUGAACCCAGACCCAGUGGGUGACAAACUGAUGAGCAUGAUUCAUGCACGAAAUCAACUCCAACAUCUAAUAUUGCUUUGUGGAGGUCGGACUGCGACAGUUACGGUAUUUGACUACAUGUUUAUAGAGGAUCUUAAACAUAGUCCAUGUAGUCCAAUAUAUGUUGUCAAAAUGGACACUUAAAGUUACUUUAUGGAACCUUUAACUGGUUAUGAAACAGUCUCAAUUUAAUUCUGAUGCCUCUAAAUGUAAGUCAACAAGACCAUCAGAGAGAAGAUUGUCUAUUUCUAUAUAGUUCUUUUUAACGCUCAUCAUUGGUGCCACCGGGUCGGAUUCUGGUGAAAUCAUGCAGGUUCACCAGAAACUCCUUCAGCUCAGACUCCAGCGGGGCCUCCAGCAGUGGACAGACCCAGAUCCGGCUUCACUGCAACCUUCGACCUGCAGUUUGUAACUCUAGCAGGAGGAGGAGAGCUCAGCUCCCGGCAGUAACGUCUCCUCCUCCGCCAGGAGCAGAGCUUCUCCUCUCUGCUCCUGCUGGGAACCAACACCGACACCACGCUGCUGGAGACCCAGGCCGUAUUGCUGGGCCCGUUGAAGGGAAGGGAUUCUAGGGAGAACCAGAACCAGGACUAAUCGGGGCAGACUGUCAAAGCCUGCUGCAGUGGUGUUGAUCAUGUGUUCAUCACUGAUGUAAGUGCGUGAAUAGAAUCGUUGUGUCAGAUCUAGAUGAAUUAUUUGACCAGGCUAAAUCCUGCUCUGCGUAUGGAGCUUUUUUUUCUACAUUCUUAGUAAUAAUCUUCAGUAAAUCUCUCUGAUCUGUGACACCUUAGUUUGAAGUGACAGAUGUUCUGCAGAUUUGUCUGUGCCUCGAGGAUUGUUAAGGGACAUUUUAAAGCCAUCGCCAUUAACGCUGCACUACUACUGUACCAGCCUCAACCCAGGAAUGUCUUGUCCCUUUUAGAAAACCCAACUCAUCCGGGAUGAAAGUAAACACAGUAAACCUCAAGAAAACUCACUGUGAAAUAUAUGGUCAAAAUCAACCACAUAAUACCUGAUGACUGGAGUGUAGAUGGGAUACCUUUUGAGCUCUCGCUUUUGCCUCUUGUGCUUUUUGUUAUGUAUUGUUCAAUAAAAGCUGAAACACAAACUUGCUCAGCAAAAGCAAAUUAGCACUUUGAUGCUCACACCAAAAUGGAUGUUUAAGCUAAUGCAGCACUUCUCCUGCUCCUCUUUGAAUCAAUUUAAUGUAUGUUUGUCUUCAGUGUAAUUCAUUUUCCUAGCUUGCUGCUGCCGUGUGUUUGGCUUCUGUGCAGCCUGUGGCCUGUUUGGGAACUUUGUAUUUACUUCCACAUGUGCAACAUUUUGCUGGAAGUUUCAUGUUGGGAUUUGGGACUUAAAAAUAAAACUUUUUUUUAAUGAA